CUGUGCCAGGUCAAAGACGUCACGGAUCAGAUAACACGCUUUUUGAGCCAAGAAUGUGCAGCUUACAUUCUUGAACAACGUCGUUGCAGAGGCCAGUCGGACGAGAGACUUCCACAGACAGGGUCUUGUACACAGUUUUCUCCGCGACAGUAAAGCAAACAGGAGGGACACCAGCUGAGAGUCCUCUACACCCUAAACAACGCAGGCGAUCCUAAUGGAGAUCAACCUGGUGAUACUUUUUAUCCUCGGUGUUGCUGUCCAAACACACGCUUUAACCACCCAGGUCCCCCUAAACUGUGACGUUGAAGAUGGACCCUUAUUUUUGUCUCCUUAUAUAGCAUCCAACAACAUAGAGGAAGCACGGCGAAAAAGUCGAGUUAAUUGUCUACCCGGAGGGGACAACGUGGAGAGUUAUUCGGGGUACAUAACUGUCGACACUCCUUCAUGUGGCAGCAAUCUCUUUUUCUGGUUUUUCCCGGCAGCUGAAAAUCCACAAACGGCGCCAGUCCUCAUGUGGCUCAAUGGCGGCCCCGGCAGGUCGUCAAUGUACGGCGCCAUCUUUGAAAACGGUCCGUUGCAGCUGAAGGAUAAAACUAAGCUGGCCACAACAGUCCUGACAGAACGACCCGUAAACUGGGCUGGAGCGUUUUCUAUGCUGUAUGUGGACAAUCCGGUUGGAACAGGGUUCAGUGUAACAACUGGCAACUGUUAUGCGCAGAACACUGAGGAUGUAUCAAGAAAUCUGUACAGUUUCAUGGUACAGUUCUACCAGAUGUUUCCAGAAUACGCCUCUCUCGAAUUUUACGUUGGAGGACAGUCUUACGCGGGAAAGUACGUCCCAGCCUUCGCCUACUUCAUUCAUCACCAGAACCUCAAUGAGCAGCGGACGGUGCACAUACCUUUGGCAGGUGUUUACUUGGGAGGAGGAUUCUGCGACCCGCCAUCUAUGCUGAGUGCGUUGCCUGAUUACCUGUACAGCGUUGGCAUGUACUCCAAACACUCCCGUGAUGCACACAGACAGAAAAUAGAGGAGGGUCUGGCCAAACCCAACCACAACCCGUUCUACCCAGAGGACAAAGAUGGCUACGAAUAUAUCAGUUAUUACUUUGAGUACAUGUACUCAAAAACAGGCUAUGCCUCCUUUGAUAACAUACUACAAGACAAGGUUCAGCUUGACGAGUUCAGCUUACCGGAAUUCUUCAACAGAACGGAUGUGGUCAGAGCUCUUCAUGCUCAACACCAUUUCUCCCAAAAUUUCCUUACUGUUGUGAUGCGAUUCGGGAACGAUUUUAUGAAGAGCACCAAGCUCGAGAUGGGCUUCUUAAUGGACCAUUAUAAGGUACUGUACUACACCGGAAGCCUGGACGUAGUGGCCAACAUCAACAUGGCCGAAGCCUUUCUCUUGUCUACGCCUUGGUCUGGCCGGGAGGCCUAUGGCACCAUGGAUCGCAUCUUGUGGAAGUACGACAAACAACUUGCAGGCUACGUCACCAAGGUUAACAAUUUUACACGGGUAAUAGUCCGGAACGCUGGCCACGAUGUCCCACAUGAUCAGCCGGAGUGGACACUGGCCAUGAUGAAAAACUUCAUCAGCGACAUUUCCUGGUCCCGUUGACCCUUUGACCGACGGCCAGGACCCAAAGCCGGUGAGAGGAACUUGAAGUGGCAGCUGGGCCGAUCUUGGGUUGGCUUGCAUGGUGAAGGCUUAUGUAGUGCGAGCGACCUUGAGGCGGCUUGCAUGGUGAAGGAUUAAGUAGUGUGGUGGCGUUGCGGCUGGUCUGCCUUACUUCGACAAAAGGACCUUGACCUUCACGUGUCAUGUUUCGUCGUCACGGAUCACGGGUCACGCCUUGCGUCAGCUUUGCGUAGUCAUCUCAGAUGUUGUUACUGUUGUUAAGUUUUUGAUUGUUGUUAGUCUUGUUACUGUUAGUGAUGUUGGUCAUCACACAAGAAUUCAAAGAUUUUUAAAACAAUUUUAUUUUGUAAGACAUCUCAUCAUUUUACCGGGUACUUUGCUUAUCUCACGUGAUGUUGCGAAUGUCGAUUCGCAGCACAAGAACAAGAACUGACUAAUAUAAUAGUUUUUCUUAAAUGAAAUAUCUGAUGAAGCUGGGGCAGAAAGCCACUAAUGCAACUAAAGGUGUACGUUUCAUAUACACCAGAGCAAUAUAUGUGCAUUGAUAAGGCUAUUCGCUUUCUAUCAUCACUCGCCAAAACCGCUCCUUUAGUUUUGUAUUACAGUGGUCCCGACCCUGUUUGAAUACCUGUUAGACCGGUGCACUUUGGAAUACCAACAUCACCUGCGCUUGCACGUGUAUCGUGGAACACUGAUAUCCCCUACCAAAAUCACGUGACAUUGAGUGACACAUGCUCACUAUGUCGGCGACAGCCUUGCGGAACUUUCAAAGUUUACUGAGAUUUUUAUAGCUACAAUCCCUUUAUUUAUCCUUUGAAAUGUUGCAUAGUGAAAAACUAUGAAAAAAAAACCCCAAAACAAUAGGAUAUUUGUUAAGUCGACAGGAUGGAUGUCGAGGUCACACUGACAGCUGGUUUUGAGGUGGCCCUUCAGAAAGUUCAAGAGAAUACUUAGAUCAUCAAAAUAAUUCCGUUGUUCAUCUGAAGUCCCGGAAUGCAAAGGGAGGUCAUCACACGCGAGAAGUCAUCUGUCUCAUACGCGUGUCACGGAAGAUGCGAGUGUCACCAUCAGAACAGUGGGAAGAUCUGCCCUGGGAAUAUUGCCGAGCCAGUCACCCACCAUGCUCACCAUACCAGUGACCUUUGCGUACUAUAGCCUUUGCACCCGACGUGGGCGCAUCCCAGAUGGAGCACAGAGGACCUCAAUAGGAAUAUGACGAGCGCAAGCGCCGUGGAAGUGACUGCCUGCGUGCUGAAGGGAGAAAAAAGCAAAAUUUAUGCUUCCCAUCAGCUGUUGUUUACCAAUGUUUGGACGGCUUCCAGAUUGCUACCUGAUCAGUAAUUUUAUUGCCGGCGCAUCACCUACUGUCUCUUCUACAAAAGCUUCAAGUCUUUUGUCUUGCGAUUACAGAACUAAUAGACUGAACGUUCGAAUAAUGAGUUCAACUUGUUGUAGACUGAAAAAAUGGCAAACUAUCCUUCGUUAAACGGACUAUUAACCCAAAUGCAUAUAUGAUUAAAACGUUUUAAAGGCCUCGGCCUUAUUAUUACAGGGGUGGUGCAGCAUUGAUGUUUUACAUCUAAUGUGACUUCAUUCUUUGAUGAAGGAGCUACUGUAGAAGAACCGCUAAAGGCAUUUGCGACUUUAUUUGUGUAUAUUAGGUCAUUUUCUGCAAAGAGUAGUGGGCUGGGAUCCCUAGAAUCUAAGCUAGCUGCUGUGCAAAAAUAGACAAGACUUUACUUGAGACAAAGCGCGCGCGUGUGUGUGAGUGUAUGAGUGUGUGAGAGAGUGUGUGAUAGAAUGUGAGAGAGAGAGUGUGUGUCAGGGAGUGUGUCAGAGAGAGAGAGAGAGUGCCAGAGUGUGAGUGUGCGAGAUUGUUGGUGAGUGUGUGAGAGAAAGAGAGGAAAACACGCUUGACGUCAUGCAUCGUUACAUGACCUGUCACGUGGCUGAUGGUAGAAUAGUCGAUGACAUUAUUCUCCUCUCCUUGCGGGCCACACUGUCCAUAUAAACUUGACUUAGUGCCCACCAGGUGCAGGUGGAGGGGUGGAAGAUUUUCCUCCUGUGUAGUGUCUUGCCGUGUAGUUAGGGCAGUCGACCCCGGAGCACUUCUUGCUCAAGACUGUUGCUAGGAGACUUUCCUCUCUCCACCCCAAAGUCAGUCGGUACCUGCUCUUUCAGGAAAGGUAAAAGGCGGCAGAAGAAGGAGAACGCAUUUCUUAGCAAUAGUGAACCACUUACAGUUCAUUGCUCUUAUUCUAUUGUGUUUGUGAACUUUCGAUCGAUUGUGGGUAAUGGAACAAUUAGUAAGUGCCAUGUAUCUUGCAUGAGAAAUAUUACUGUCAGCAAUGUUUGAACUCACAGCUAUUCAGUAAUUUAUCGAACACUUUUAGAGGUCGAAGCUUACUCUAACCUUGUAUAGCACUGAUGUGCAUGUGAAUAGCUAGCAAAAUUCAUGUGUGUAAAUAACUAGCAAAUAUACAUCAUAUUGCAAUA